AUGGCAUCUCUUUCGUUGCCACCGCCGAAGCAUUCGAAUAAUUCAGCGUUUCAAUUCGGCAAACCAGCAGCAGUAGCCGAAGAAGAAGAAGAAGAAGAAACCGAGACAGCCAUUGUCUUCACCGGGUCCAAUGAACCAGCACCAGCACCAGCUGCUCCUUCCAAACCCAAGAAACCCCUUCGUGCUCCCUGCUAUGAAGAACGGUGUCUAGCAGCUGCUGAAAUUGCCAAAAUGACGCCCGAAGAAAGAAAAAGCAAUCCUCGCAAACUCUUUGUUCCUCGUGCUCUGGAGGAUUUUGAUGAUGGGGGUGCCUUUCCCGAAAUUCAUGUCGCUCAAUAUCCCCGUCACAUGGGCAAUCCGCAUUUGCGCAAAAAGGGGGCAUCCGUAAAUGGCUUUCAAACUAGAUCUAGAGCUAUUGUCAAUGUGGAAGUGGAUAAGGAUGGGGAGAUCUCGUACGAUGCCAUUGUCAAGGGAGGAACGAAUGCAGGAAAAAAGGUGUUCUCCCGAUACGAAGAUUUGCGUGGAGGGGAAGGCAAGGCAGAGGACCUCGCACUACCAACCGAAGAUGAAGAAAAGGAAGCUACUGACAAGACUCAGGCUGCCUUGCAAAAAUUAUUGGCCAGCAAAACUGCCUUGAACAAUCCUUCCGGUUCUGCCAUGGUCAAUGCGGAAACCUCCAAGAAUAUGGAAGCCAAGACGAAGUUCAUCAAGUACACCCCCCGACCGGACGCUCCUGGAUACAAUCCUGCUGCUGCUCAACGUGUCAUUCAAAUGGUCCCCAAACAAGUCGACCCCAUGCAGCCUCCCAAGCACAAGCACGUCAAGGCACCAAGAGGACCAGCCGAAGAUCCUGUUCCCGUCUUGCAUGCACCGCCCAAGAAACUCACCAAAGAAGAACGCGACAAGUGGAAUGUUCCCGCUUGUAUUAGUAACUGGAAGAAUAGUCGUGGGUAUACGAUUCCGCUGGACAAGCGAUUGGCCGCCGAUGGUCGUGGAUUGCGAGAGCACACGAUCAAUCCCAAUUUUGCCACUCUUUCCGAGAGUUUGUACGUGGCCGAAGGACAGGCACGGCAAGAAGUCCGUUUGCGAGCCCAAGUCCAAAAGAAAUUGGCCAUGCAAGAACGAGACAAACGAGAAGAAGAAUUGCGAGAAUUGGCCAAUCAAGCAAGAUUGGAACGCAGUGGAUUGGCUGCUGAGCAAACCGCCGAAUCCAUUGAUCAUCCACCCACCCCGGAAGACAGUGAGGAGGACGAGGAGGAAGAAAGCGCACCUCGCAAUCGAGCCGAGGAGACUGAAGAGGAAAAAGCUGCCAGACAACGAGAAAAGCUCCGACUGGAACGAAGGAAGGAAAGAGAACGUGAAUUGCGACAGGAAAACAACAUGGAAAUCAAAAAGCGCAAGCUGGAAGCCGAUCGCGACGUUUCCGAGAAGAUUGCUUUGGGAGUCCAUACGGGUACUGGUGGUGCCGGAGAAGUUGAUUCUCGUUUGUACAGUCAAUCGGCCGGAAUGGACUCUGGGUUUGGAGCUGACGAUGAGUACAAUGCCUACAGCAAGCCCCUCUUUGAUCGCCAAGCUGCUGCCUCAUCGGGUUCUAUCUACAGGCCCACACGGGGAGAGACUGAAUACAAUGCCGAUGAAUCGUAUGACAAGUUGGUCAAGGGCGGUACUUCCAAAUUUCAACCGUCCAAGGGAUUUGCCGGAGCCGAAGGUGGUGCUGACAUUCGUGCUGGGCCACGGUCAGCACCUGUGCAAUUUGAAAAGGGAAAGAAGUGA